AUGUUGCGCCGCUUCACAGCAGUAUGGCUUUGUGCGGCAAGCGGUGGUAAUGGGAACAGGAAACGCCCUGGUUUGGCUCGGCGCACUGUCAUUCACUCUCGUGUGCCUUCUACCGACCCCCCCUCCGCUUCCCUUUCUUCGCUUGGCGGCAGCACUAACCACGGCAAAGCCACAAAGCCUUUUUCUAACUCAAAAGCCGCAAAAGGAACCACCGAAGGAGAUAUGACUGAUAGCAAGGGAGACCGUGGAGAAGGCCCGCUCCAAAACUUUGACGAUGAACUAAACUUUCCAAAAAUGGAGGAGGAGGUCCUGCAGCUCUGGGAUAGGCUGGACGCCUUCCGUGAAUCUCUCAAGCAGUCGGAGGGGAAGAAGCGCUUCAACUUUUACGACGGCCCGCCCUUUGCCACGGGUUUGCCCCACUACGGCCACCUUUUGGCUGGCACCAUCAAGGAUGUCGUCUGCCGCUAUGCCCAUCAAACUGGACACCAUGUGGUGCGGCGCUUUGGGUGGGAUUGCCAUGGACUUCCAAUUGAGUACGAGAUUGACAAGGCACUCGGGAUUAAGACCUCCCAUGAUGUGAUGGCUCUUGGCAUCGCCAACUACAAUGACGCGUGUCGGAGCAUUGUGAUGCGUUACUCCGAGGAGUGGCGCAAGACAGUAGCCCGCAUGGGACGUUGGAUUGACUUUGAGAACGACUACAAGACAAUGUAUCUUUCGUACAUGGAGUCUGUUUGGUGGGUCUUCAAGCAGCUAUGGGAUAAGGGUCUCGUCUACCGCGGUUUUAAGGUGAUGCCAUAUUCAACAGGGUGUACCACCCCCCUGAGUAACUUUGAGGCCAAUGCAAACUACCAGAAUGUGAGUGAUCCAUCUGUAAUGGUGGCGUUCCAGACAAAAGAUGAUCCAAACACGUACUUUAUCGCUUGGACAACGACGCCGUGGACACUGCCAAGUAAUUUGGCGCUUUGUGUUCAUCCCGAGUUUGACUACGUGAAGGUGUUGGACGCCAAGACGAAACGGCACUACAUUGUGGGUGAGGUGCGGCUUCCAGAUAUAUUUCCCAGCAAGAAGAAAGGUGGCCGUGCAGAUACGGAGGGUCCGCCGUACACCAUCGUUGACCGCAUGAAGGGGAAGGAUCUUGUUGGAAUGAAGUACGAACCACUUUUCCCAUACUUUAAAUCCACGUUUGGGGAACGCGCUUUCCGUGUCAUUAGUGACACCUACGUUGAAACAGACAGUGGCACCUGCGUCGUGCAUCAAGCGCCUGGAUUUGGUGAGGACGAUUUUGGGAUAUGCAUCAUGAAUGGUAUUUUUGACAAGGAGAAUGUGUUAUGCCCUGUUGAUGAAAAUGGGCGGUUCCAUGCGGAGGUGCACGAUUUUGCUGGCCGCUACGUGAAGGAGGCAGAUGAAGACAUUAUGAAGUACUUGGAUGCGAAGGGUCUGCUGCACAGCAAAGGUUCUGUGGUCCACAGUUAUCCGUUUUGUUGGCGAAGUGAGCUGCCGUUGAUCUACAAGGCAGUGGACUGCUGGUUCGUCAACGUGGAAUCGAUGCGUGAGCGUCUGCUGGCGGCGAAUGAGAAUACCACAUGGGUACCAAACUUUGUCAAGACUCGACGCUUUUCGAACUGGCUGGAAGGCGCCAAGGAUUGGAAUCUCUCCCGCAACCGCUACUGGGGCACACCCUUGCCCAUUUGGCACAGCGAGGACUGGGAGGAAGUGGUCUGUGUUGGCAGUGUGAAGGAGCUGGAGGAGCUUUCCGGCGUGACCGGCAUCACCGACAUCCACCGGCAAGUUGUGGAUGAAAUUACGAUCCCAAGCAAGCGACCAGGCAAGCCGCCGCUACGCCGGGUCGAGGAGGUCUUCGACUGCUGGUUUGAGUCUGGAUCGAUGCCGUAUGCCCAGUCCCACUACCCCUUUGAGAACAAGGAAGAGUUUGAGAAGAGGGGAUUUCCGGCAGAUUUCGUGGCGGAGGGGUUGGAUCAAACCCGGGGGUGGUUCUACACUCUCCUCGUCCUUGGCGUCGCCCUCUUUGACACCUCGCCAUUUAAGAAUGUCGUGGUAAACGGCCUCAUCCUUGCCGAAGAUGGAAAGAAGAUGAGCAAGCGACUGAAGAACUACCCGGAGCCGUCGAAAAUCAUUGAUACACACGGUGCCGAUGCACUGCGUAUGUAUCUUAUUAACUCUCCGGUGGUUCGCGCGGAGCCUUUGUGCUUCCGCUCCCAAGGUGUCCGCGGCAUCGUCAAGGAUGUCAUGCUGCCACUCUUCAAUGCCACCAAGUUCUUUAUCGCAAACGCCAACUACUGUGUCCUGAGCGGUGGAACCGUUUCCCUCGACGUCGUCAGCAAUAAUGAGAUGGAUCGGUGGAUCUUGGCCUCCACGCAAACCCUCCAACAAUACGUGAGGAAGGAGAUGGAUGUGUAUCACUUGUACAACGUUGUUCCAGGUGUGCUUCGCUUCGUUGUGGAUCUUUCCAACUGGUACGUUCGCAUGAAUCGCAGCCGUAUGAAGAGCACUGUGGACCAAGAAGACCGCUCGCAGGCUCUAUCAACGAUGCUCACGGUGCUCUUUUCCGUUUCCCGCAUCCUCUCUCCCAUUUCUCCGUUUGUGGCGGAGAUGCUGUAUCAGCGCAUCAAGCCACUCCUGCAUGAGUCGGAGCAUGUGGACUCCGUGCACUACCUCAUGUUCCCCGAAGACGAUAAGGGAAAACAUGACGAAGAUUUGGAACGUGCCAUGAAACGCAUGAUAGUCGUUGUCGAGCUCGCCCGUGUGCUUCGGGACCGUAUGGUGAUUCCCAUGAAGCGUCCGGUGAGACAGGCGAUUAUUGUGCAUCCUGAUCCGACCUACCUGGAUGAUGUACGCAGGGUGGUUCAAUACAUCAAGGACGAGGUGAACGCGUUUGACGUGGUCCUGACAUCUGGGGAGGAGUACGUCCUGACGCGGCUGGAUGCCAACAUGGAGAUCUUGGGAAAACGUCACCGCAAGGAGGCGCCUCGGAUCCGCAAGGCGAUUCAAGAAAUGUCGCACGACGAUGUGGCAAGCUUCCUUAACACCGGAAAGGCAGAGGUCUGCGGGGUUCCGCUCACCUUGGACGACGUCAAGGUGGUGCGCAAGAUCAGGGAUGGGAUUACCGACUUUGACAGCAACACCGACAACGAUGUGGUGGUGCUGCUGGACAAACGCGAGGAUCAGGCUCUGGUGGAUUCCUGGCGGGCGCGGGAGUUCGUCAACCGCGUGCAGCAAUUGCGCAAGAAGGCAAAGCUUGUGGUCACCGACAAGGUGGACGUGUACUUUCAGUGCGAGGACUCGGAGCUCACUAACUCCAUCCUCAACUGCGCUCAGCAGGUAAAUAAGACAAUUCUGGGCAAAUGGCAUACGAUGGAAAAGAGGCCGGAAGCCGCGAAAGUUGUUGCUGAAGAAGACAACAGCAUUUCUGGCGUCGGUAUCAAGAUUGUCUUCACGGAGGUUUCGGCCUGA